AAAAAGACAAAGAUAAUAAUGAUAAUAAAAUUGAAAUUGAUGAUGAAAAUAGUAGUGAAAAUGAUAAUGAAAAUAAUAAUAAGAAUAUUAUAUUGGUAAAUACUAGUAAUACAAAUAGACAUAAAG